UAUUAAAAUUUUUAAAUACGUAGCACCGACAGAUGGAUGAGUUGGAAGGAUAAAGUUUGGAAGGGAUGAUAAUGAUACGAUAGGUGUGGGAAGGGAAGAUGAGAUCUAGAAAUAUUUUACCCUAUUUAUUUGUGUUUUUUAUUUUUUGACCAAACCUGUUUAAAUUUCAAAUUUCAAAUUUAGAAGGAGUGUGUUUGUGUGAUUACUGAUGAUAAUGCCAUUCCAGCUCUAUGUUUAGGAGCCUCACUCUGUCGUUUUCCCUAAAUUUGCAGGAAAAAAAGCCAUUAAUUAAGGAAAGCUUCGCUGGUAGGUCAGUAGCUGUACCCUAAAUUUAAAAAAAAUUUGAAAAAAUCUGCACAAAACCCCAUCAACAUCACUCAGCAAUAAUACUCCUGUGAAUUUAACCGUUAAAGAUCUCAUCUUUCUAUAAAGAAAGCUCCCUUCGUCCCCACGCAUCAUUCGUUUCCAUUCAUUUCUUUGCGCACGCUCCCCUUCUCUCUCGAUCUAUUUUUCUCUCUGUUUCGCUUUCUUCUUUCCCGACUUCAAGCGAAGAUGCGUGAGAUCCUUCACAUCCAAGGUGGGCAAUGCGGCAACCAGAUCGGUGCCAAGUUCUGGGAAGUGGUGUGUGCUGAGCACGGCAUUGACCCGACGGGGAGAUACCAGGGCGAUUCUGAGCUUCAGUUGGAAAGGAUUAACGUUUACUACAAUGAGGCUAGCUGUGGCAGGUACGUCCCUCGCGCUGUUCUCAUGGAUCUGGAGCCUGGUACCAUGGACAGCAUCAGGACCGGUCCCUACGGCCAGAUCUUCAGGCCGGACAAUUUCGUUUUCGGUCAAUCUGGCGCCGGAAACAAUUGGGCCAAGGGUCACUACACAGAAGGCGCAGAGCUCAUCGAUUCCGUGCUCGAUGUGGUCCGUAAAGAGGCAGAGAACUGUGAUUGUUUGCAAGGGUUUCAGGUGUGUCAUUCUCUAGGAGGAGGAACUGGAUCUGGUAUGGGUACCCUUUUGAUCUCGAAAAUCAGAGAGGAAUACCCAGACCGAAUGAUGCUCACCUUCUCCGUCUUCCCAUCCCCAAAGGUCUCCGACACCGUUGUUGAGCCUUACAACGCAACCCUGUCCGUCCACCAGCUCGUCGAAAAUGCAGAUGAGUGCAUGGUUCUUGACAACGAAGCUCUUUACGAUAUUUGCUUCCGCACCCUCAAGCUCACAACCCCAAGCUUUGGAGAUCUAAACCAUUUGAUUUCUGCUACCAUGUCUGGGGUCACAUGUUGUUUGAGAUUCCCUGGCCAGCUUAACUCCGACCUUAGAAAGCUCGCCGUUAAUUUAAUCCCCUUCCCUAGGCUCCACUUUUUCAUGGUGGGUUUCGCCCCUUUGACAUCCCGAGGUUCCCAGCAGUACAGAGCCUUGACUGUGCCUGAGCUCACCCAGCAAAUGUGGGAUGCAAAGAACAUGAUGUGCGCCGCUGACCCACGACACGGCCGCUAUCUCACGGCCUCAGCCAUGUUCCGUGGUAAAAUGAGCACCAAGGAAGUGGAUGAACAAAUGAUCAAUGUUCAGAACAAGAAUUCCUCAUACUUCGUGGAAUGGAUUCCCAACAAUGUCAAAUCCACGGUCUGUGACAUUCCACCGACAGGGCUGAAGAUGGCUUCGACAUUCAUUGGGAACUCCACUUCGAUCCAGGAAAUGUUCCGCCGUGUGAGCGAGCAGUUCACAGCCAUGUUCAGGAGAAAGGCCUUCUUGCACUGGUACACAGGGGAAGGUAUGGAUGAGAUGGAGUUCACCGAGGCGGAGAGCAACAUGAACGAUCUGGUUUCCGAGUAUCAGCAGUACCAAGAUGCCACCGCCGAUGAGGAUGAGUAUGAGGAGCAAUACGAGGAAGAAGAAGCUCAAGACAUGUAAUGCUGUUAGUUAUGAAUGCGACCUGCUGCAACUUCCGGUUGCCAUUGAGGCUAUUCCGGAUAGCUGUAGGCCAUAUUUUAAUGUCGAAUCUUCAAGUUUGUUUCUUGUUUUUGGGUUCUUGUGUACUUGGAGGCAUUUCAUGUGAUUCUGUUCGAUCAUAUGUUGUUCAUUGACAUAAACUUCUCUAUCGAUGUAUUAAUGCUGCUUCUCUGUUA